AUGGAAUAUCUUGGACCAGGAAGGAUGGAAGUGCUAAAGAAUGAUGGAGACAUGUUAAAGGGGGCUAACUGUGCCCUCCCGUCGGAGGCGCCCGCCCCGCCCGGCCGGCCCCGGCUCCGCAGCGGGGAAGCGGGGCCCGCUCGGCAGCCGAGUCCCGAGUUCCGAGUCCCGACCCCGCCUCGGCCCCGCGAGCCUCUGACGCCGCGCAGCCCCGGCCGGGGAGACGCCCUCCAGCCCCCGCCCCCGCCCACCCCGCGCGCCAAGUCGUCUUCCGCCCGCGGGAAGCGACGCCGAGCGUUAUGCGAGUCGGAGGGAGUCCAACGCCUUAACCACUCGGCCAUCCUGGUACAGGCGAACGGUCUGCAUUUCACUCUUCCUACAAGCCGUAUUCCACCGUCCUCGAACCCUCCCGGAAGCGUUUCUGAGGAGACUUUGCCGCUGUUUUCCCGGUUUUCCCACCCCGAGCUGGAGCGACCUCCCCGCCAGGGCCUCGGUUUCCCGCCGCCGCCGCAGCUCACUGUUGCCCCCGGCCCGGCGCGGCAGGGAAGGCAACUGCAUCCGAGUUCGGCGCGCUGGCGGCGGGGACGCUCGGCUGGUAGCUCCGAGCAGGACUCGGGCCCAGCCAGUGGUGCUUUCGGUUUCGAGGAGAUUCGGCUUGUCCUCUCACUUCCUUUACCAGGACGGCCAUUGCAUUCCCCGCGCCACCCCACGACCUCGAAACUACCACAGAGCCACGGCUCGGGAGCCUGGGAGCCGAGGACGGUCAGGCAGCCACGCCCUUGCUCCGGCGGUGCAGGCGGCACUCUUUGCCCGAGAACUUCUAUCAGCCUGGAGACUGCGCAGACUCACCUGUGUGGGACCUCACCGACUGGCUCUUCACCGGCUAGGUCACAUUGUGAGAAACGCAUUGUCCUGCUACCUCCUGGAAUUCCUGUGAGCCCCCCGAGGACAUUGCCGUGACCUGGGGAGGCUCUCCCCCAGCCUCUGAGUCCCAGUCGAGAACACUGACUGCCCCUGAGAGGCCCUGAGGGUAACGACUGGUGGAACUGCCCCCUCCGCACUUUGCCACAUAACCCUUGGCAUUGCUCUAAGCUCUUUACAUAUAUUAUCUAGUUUGAUUUAAAACAAAAAAUAAAAACAACUCUAUAUGGCAAGCGUUUAUAUCACCAUUUUCAAGUUGAGAGGCCCAGUUACAAACUCACUCCAAUGUAAGAGGCCUCCUAGACUUACAGCCUGCACCUCAAGGCCAUUACAGAGAUUUCUUACCACCAAUCUAGCCAUCAAGUCCUCCACGAUCUUCUGGAACGUGGCAGUAUACUAUCUGAAUGAUAUUUUCAUUCAACCCCAGACUUAGCCUCCCAAUGGCCUCUAGUAUAAAACCCUUCUGAACUGUUUUCAUUACAGGGUACCCCUUAGCAGUGCCUCUUCUGCAGCCUCAAGACUGUAUUAAAUUUCUGUGGCCACUGUUUAAGGAUGGGCCUGGAACACAAGUUAGUCUAGUCAGAGUUACAGAUCACUCAGAGCUAUUGGAGAAGAGAAAAUUUCAGUCUGCAGUGGGACACACGGUAUUUUUCCAAAGAGGACCACGACAGUACCUCCCAUCCCACGUGUUACUUUAUCUUCCUCCACUGUGAUUUUGACACCCGUACCAUCAAUACAUGGAGUCUGUGUUCUUCCUCGCUAAAUCAGGGAAGCCUUGUGUCUGUGGCAGACAGAUGCUACGUGACUUCUGAGGUCAUUCACCUUGUUCUCUUACGAUGCUUGCUCUGGGAACCCAGCCGCCAUACUGUGACAAAGCCCAAGUAGCCACAUGUGGUUUUUCCAGCCAACAGCCCCAACCAACGGUCAAUAUUAAUUGCUGCAAAUAGAAGCGAGCGAGCCUUCAGUUGAUUCCAGCACCUAACCAUCAAGAGACCUCGCCAUUGAAUCUUCCCAGCUAAGCACUGAGAUCACGGAGCAGGAACAAGCUAUCCCUACUGUAUCCUUUCCCAAUUUCUGACUCACAAAAUCUAUGGGCAGAAUAAAAAUGUUACUGUUUAAGUGUGGGGCUUUUUUCUUUUAAUGAAUAGUUAAUAGUUAAUAAUUAAUAGUUAAUAGUUAAUAAAUAGUUAAUAAAAAGCCUGAGACUAAUAAACUGGAAUACCGUUAUGGAGCACUAGGAGCACUACACAGAGAUAGGCUGUCUGGGAAUAAAGCCAACACAAGAAAGCAGAAUCCCGAGAUGAGGAGCCCAAGGUGUGAGUCCAUCAUUGAAGUCCUUUCCUACCCCCUUACUGGAAACUAGAUUCUGGGCUGUGCUGCCCCUUUGCCAAAUUGACAUCCUACACGGGGCUCUCUGGGUAGAGGACAAGUUACAUUCCCCAAAUCCUAGCCACAAGGGAGGUUAAGAAGGAAAGUUCUAGCUUCUACCUUAGGAAGCAAACCUUAAAAUGGAGGAAAUUCCCCAAACAUGAGAAGGGUGUUCAAAAGAUGCUGGCAUCUGCAAGGCAUGACAAAUACUCACUUGAGCGUUGGAACAAAAUGUGAAAAGCACUGUGCAGUGAUGUCUGUAAUAACUGAAUAUUAGAGAGCAAGUGACAAUAUUAUAGAGCAAGUGCAACACUGAAGUGGCUUCAUGUUCAGGAAAUUGCAUUUGACAUACUUCUUAUGGGCAAAUGUUUCACUGUGCGUGUGUUUAUUUAUGCCAUGAUAUUCUUUACGUGUUUCUUGAUGAUUCAAAAAUAAUGUUCACAAAUGUUUCGACACUCCUCCCUUCAAGAGAUGGAGCUUAAGUCCCUUCCCUUUCAGUGUGGGCUGAAUCUACCGACUCAUUUCUAACAAAUAGAAUAAAACAGAAGAGGUUUUAUAUGCAACCUCAGAGACUAGGUCAUCAAAAGUCACUGCUGCCGUUGUCUUGGUUUCUUUCUCUUGGAUCAGUCCCUUUGGAGGAAACCAGCUGUCGUGUCAUGAGCCGCCCUUGGAAAGGCAGCAGCCAGCAAGGUACUGAAGUCCCACAGGAGUGAGCUUGGAAAUGGAUACCCCCACCCAGUCGAACCUUGCGAUAACUGCAGUCCUGCCAACAUCUUGACUACAACUUUAUGAGAGACCCUGAACCAGAACCACCAGCCAAGCCCUCAUUUCCUGACCCUCGGAAACUAUGUAAGAUAAUAAAUAUUUAUUGCUUUCAGCA